AUGCCCCCACAAAAUCCCAUUUCCUCUAUUUCAGAGGACUUCAUAGAAAAACUUCAGCAUUAUGGGCCAGUCACCGCCGUUAAACUUCACGGAAAAUUCAUCUAUGUUGGUUAUGGCCCAGUUCUCAAGAUCUUCAACCGCGAUGAGCACGAUGAGUUAGUCUUCAGCCAGCAGAUCUUCAAGAGAAACAAGAUCCACAGUAUAGCCGUUCGGGGAUCAAAAAUAGCUGUGUCUGGAGGUCGUUCAUUUGCUGUUUUUGAACCUUUCAACAAUGAAGUGAAGGUAAUAGAAAAAGCGAUCAAUGAGUGGAUCAUAGCGGUUGAAUUCGUUGCAGAGACUCGUCUAUUGCUCUUGACGUCGCAUAAUGAAGUCUUGGAUAUCGAAGUAUCUGAUGCUCCAGCAUUCAAAUUGCUUCAAAAGAUUCAUUGUAACGAGAAGUCAAUCUUGUACAGCGGUUCGAUCAGAGUUUUGAGCGAUUCUUCAGUUUACAUUGCAGCAGGCACAGUGAUGCACGGAGUCAUAAUAUGGAACCUAUUUGAUCGCAAGAUUCUUCAUAACCUCACUGAUCACGAGGGUUCUAUCUUUGGGGUGAAGAUAGACCCUACUGGUCAAUACAUCAUAUCUUGCUCAGACGAUAGAUCAGUCAAACUCUACACUUUCGCAGGUGAGCUAUUGGCCAGCGGCUGGGGACACGGAUCUAGAAUCUGGGCAUUGGAAUUUAUCUCAGUCACAAAUGGUGCUAUACGAUUGUUUUCCGCUGGUGAAGAUUGUACAGUUCGUGUGUGGGAAUACCUGGGUCAGUCAACAUUGCAACAGCUAGCACUCUACGACCAUUUCCAUUCUGGAAAGCAUGUUUGGUCUGGAGAUGUACAGAGCGGCGAUGAUACCAUAUUCGUCACUGGAGGUGCAGACGGUAAGAUCAGAGCGGAGAAGCUAGAAGUUAGCCAAACGCAAUGCAUUACACCAGAAACGAUCGCAAACGCUGGCUAUAAUUUGGAGCCUAAGGAGGCUAUCAAAUCGUUCGGUGUCUUGAGCUCUGCUCAGUUUCGUUUGAUAAUCACGUCAAAGGGCAAGGUGUUGGUCAAUGAUUAUCGUGAAGACACAUGGAGAAAGCCUCAAUUCGACGGCAUCUCGGACGAGCAAAUCUCUAGAUUCAACAUGCUCAAGACGUUUGAGGAAGCUCGUGCUUUCGCAUUGUGCUCCGGUAAUGGUGACGUGAUUAUCCUUGGUGUUGACGAGAAGAGACAAUUGUAUCACAUUGUGAGAGCGAAUUCUGAGACACCCAGAAAAAUCAUCAAUGUCCUAGCAGCAUCAAGUCCUGACGACGGUAGUAUAUCAUUGCUCCUCAAUUCCCCCAUUCCAACUGAGCCCAUGGAACUUUUGACUUUCGCUCAAGAACAUGGAAAACUUGCAUUCAGAAGUUCUGUUGGCCUCCAAAAGCCGGAUCCACGGAUUUUCAUUCCCACUUCCUUCUAUCUCGAUGUGCUCAACGGCUGGGUAUUAGUUGGCUCCCGUCACGCCAAUUUUGCAUUGUACGAGACAGCCCUGGCAGACCCACAGUUUCCCAAAAUCACCAGAAAGUUGUGUUCUGGUGAUACAAUCACAACCAUUAACAAAAUUGAAAGCCAUUCAGGCAAAAUCGUGUCUUUGGUGACUCUCCGUGAUGGUAUCUACAUCUUCCUCGAGGUUUCCCAAUCAACAUGUGGCCUCCAAUGCUCUGCCAUCCUUCAGAACAAGAUCACCAAAAGUAUAGAAGGCGGGUUCAUGAGAGAUGGCCAUCUUUUUUUGUACGGGUUUAGCUCAUCUUGCUUUUUCCUUUGGGACGAAACGAAACAGAUCGAGCUCUCCAAGGAAGCUUGUGGUGGAGGUCACAGACAUUGGGAUGUUAGUGUAAGGACCGACACUCUUCAAUUAGUGUUUUCCUACAUGAGUCAAAGAAAUCUCUUCGUGACAAAUCUACAAUCAAGCUGGGGUGCUACUAAUGGUCUCUUAGCUGAAGGCACUCAUGGAAGAGAGAUCCGUGAUGUUGCCAUUUUAGACACUCUGGAGGAAGAUGGCACCAAGCUUAUGGUGACUGCUUCUGAGGAUGCCACAAUUAAAGUUGGAAAGCUUGAUGCAGACGGAGGAGCAAACUACCAAUUAACAUUGAACAACCACAUUUCUGGUCUACAAAGAGUUGGAUUCUUGAGUUCGGAUUACAUUGCAAGUUCAGCUGCUAAUGAGGAGCUCAUAAUCUGGAAGGUAACUCGUCUCCAGGGAGGAUUGGUAGCCGUUAUUGAAGUUGGAAGAGUAAAAUCUAGCGAAGAGUUUCCUGACUUGCGUAUCAUGGAUUUUGCUAGCAAAGAGACCGCUUCAGGCUUUUGGAUUGCAACGGCUUAUUCGAACUCAAGAGUUAAGUUUUUUUAUUUUGACAAAGCUCAACUGCUUUUGCAAGAGCGUUCUGAAAUUCCAUAUGGUACCGUUUGUGUGCUAAACAUCGAGCUUCUUUCGUUUGAUGCAUCCACUUACGUUAUGACAGGCACUUCAGAUGGUAAUCUUACGUUCUGGGAUGUGAGUGGCAUACUCAAUGGCGAGAGUCUGAUAACAAGCGAGCCGAUUAUCAAACAGCAGCUUCAUCAAAGUGGCGUUAAGGCCAUUUUACCUUUGACUGAAGCAGGAGGAUCAUACAAGAUCAUUACUGGUGGAGACGACAAUUCGUUGAUCAGCUCACAGGUCAAGUUCGAAAAUGGCAUUCUUUCGUUAAGCAAUACAGCAUUCGUGGAACAGGCUGCAUCUGCGACAAUUACCUCCAUUUCAGACGCCUUUGAAGACAAGGUUCUUGUUACGUCGGUCGACCAGAUUGUAAGAGUCUGGAAUACCAAGAAUGGCUUGUUAGAUUGCAUGAGUGCUACCUAUACUACAGUCGCUGACACUGGUUGCAGCGAUACAACUACGUUUCAUGGCAAAACGAUCGGUAUUGUCGCUGGUGCCGGUCUCAGCACAUUAUCCUGGAAAUAG